CGAAGCACAAUAGCAAUGCUUCACUGAGUGACAAGCUUUUGGGAUUCGCUUUCCUUCGUCUUUUUCACCGAGCAUCAGCCACCAACUUGUCAGUCGAGACCCAACCACAACUUGCAAGAAUUCGAGAAUCAUUCGCAUCGGCGCAUUGGUGGUUUCGGAACGAAGCUACCUAGUUUUCUUGAACCAUGUCACUCCUCUCGGUGGACGUCCUUCACCAGGUAUUCAAAUUUUUCGUUUCUAGCGACCAGAUUGUGGAUGGCGMAUCGAUCMGGGUGGCUGGCUUGGUAUGCAAACAGUGGAGAGACAUAGUGGAUUCGAGGUCGUUGUGGGCGACUCCAGCCGGAAUCAAGGAGCGCGAGGGUGAUCGCGAAUACGACGGCGACAACGACGGGGAUCAUGGUUGUCGGUUCUGCAGGGUGCAUCAAUCGCUUAGGAUUCGGGAGGAGGUCCRAUCCUUGUCGUCAAGUGAGACUUCCUUGCGAUCGAGCCUGAUUGGUUUUGUGAACCUGAAACAAUGGGGUCUUGCAAGCGACGGGGGGGUUCCCGAGCUGUACUUCUUUGUUCGGGAGCGCGCUACACGAUCUACGUUCCUGUUAUCCUUAUCCCGGGACGGGAAGAUAAGCCCGUCUAUCCUCCGAGAUUUAUACGUUCACCAUUUUGAAUCGAAGGAAGACUUCUUGCGAAACGAUCGAAACCACCAAACAGGGAUUAUUUUUCCACCGCAGCGAUUCCCAUCCGGUAUAUCUAUUUGGAAUGGAAGGGUUCUCCGCUGGUAUCGAUGCGAUAACGAAACGGAGGCGGUGUCGAUAAUGGAAGAAAUUUCCUGCAAGCAGAAACAAAAAUUGAACCAAAAACGCUGGCUCGCCGAAUCCGACAACAAGAUUUCUCUUGUAGGUCAUCUCAUGGAUCUCGAGAAAGCUUCGUUGGGAGAUAGGGACAGCGAGAGCUAUCACUACGAGGGGAGAAAACACAUAAUGGACUGGGUGAGUUGUUCUAAGGAGAGUUUGGUUUUUUAAUUGUUAUUUCUUUCGUUAAUUCUUUGAUUCUAAAAAACUUUCUUCCAGAUUGUUGAGAUUGUCGAAUGCUUUGACUUGGAAGAUCGUACCAUAUUUCAAKCCAUGCUACUGUUCGACCGAUUCAUCGCUUCGCCAGGCGAGGUAAGUCCAUUCAUGUCUAGGUGCGCCCUAUUACGGGCUUGGCGACAUUGCAUGCAUUGUUCUUACCAAAAUUGUGCCAAUCGUUGUGCUUUCGGCAAGCAGAGGGUUAAAACCAGCCGCUUCCAGCUCGUUGCCGGGGCGUGCGUCUCCAUCGCAUCCAAGCGCAACGAGGUGUUUCUUACGGAAAAAGAUAUUUCGUUUUGUUGCGACAACAUCUUUUCCGUUGCGAACAUCACGGCAACCGAAAAACUUGUUUUGAAUCGCCUGGGUUGGAAGCUGGUGAGUUUUGUUAUCCCUGCCGCAUCCGGAUUGCGGCCAUUUCUUCUUAUCAAACUACUGGCACUCACUUUCCCGAUGGGUUGCACGUGUCCUCUCUCUUCGAUUGAAAAGGCUUGCCCUUCCUCCAAUGAAUUCUUGAACAUGUUUUUGAUGAUAGCGGAUAUCGAAAAAGAUUCCCGAACACAGUACCUGUGUUUCUACGUAUCGGAGCUAUCGCUGGCAUUCGAUACAAGCUACAGGUAUCCACCAUCGUUGAUAGCGGCAUCGGCGAUGGUUCUGGCCCGCUAUGCCCUGCGAGACGACGGCGGCGUUGCCUCCCUGUGGCCCGAUGCACUUGCACACGCCACGGGGCUGCAGCUGGGCGACCUGGUCGGGUGCUCGGUGCGGCUAUCCAACGACGCGGAAACGAUCCGUCUUCAUACGUCGUCGUCGCGGCUCGACAUGAUCUACCGGCGGUACAGCAAGCCGUGCCGGCGCAGCGUGGCGGAACUCACGAUACCGGUGCUAGCUUCCACCGCUAUUCUCACCACCUSCGAGGCCCGGUUGCGUUCGCAGAGUCCAUCCGCCGGGAUAUAGAAUCGAAGCACAGCGUGUCUGAAUUACAAUUCUAACGUGCCUAGCACUGCAUGCGUCUUUCGCAAUUGAUUUGUAGACCGUACGUACCGUACGUACUAGAGUAAGGACAAUCCUACAAUACUG